CUAUGCCAGGAAAACAUUGUCCGAUGAAGACUAGACGUUCAACGGCUCGCCAAAAAAGGACCGCGCCAAAACAACCGCACCACGCCAACGCGCCACCAUGCCAACGAUCUGCUAGACACCGGCUAUCCAACUCCGUCAGGGGCUAAAAUGCACCAUAAAUCCACGUGUAUCCUUCUCGGACUACAUUUACUAUUCCACGAUGUAGGAAGCCUUGCGACAGCUGCAGAACAUUACCAAGUUCCAAUACCGUACCCACCGACAGACCCCUACCUUAAGUAACACCACCUCCGAAGAUCGAACCCCCCCGCAGUCACCAUGUCGCAUGACCUCCAAGACAAAGUCAUCGUCAUAACCGGCGCCGGCGGCGGCAUGGGCCUCGCAACCUGCAAAAUGCUCGCCGCGCGCGGCGCCAAGAUCUCCAUGUCCGGUCUCCGCCCGCAACCCCUCCAAGACCUCGCCGCCGAGAUCGAAGCAUCCGGCGGGCAGGCGAUGGCGCAGCGCGUCGACGUGCGGGACGACGCGCAAGUCAACGACUGGAUCGCGCAGACGGUGGCGCGGUUCGGGAAGCUCGACGGCGCCGUCAACCUCGCGGGGGCGAUCCCGUCGAGUUUCUUUGCUGAUACGGUCGAGAAUCACGGGAACGGGACGUGGGAGCAUAUCAUUGCGACGAAUUUGACGGGGACCAUGUACUGCAUGCGCGCGCAGCUGAAGAAUAUGAGGGAUGGCGGGAGUAUCAUUACCUGUGGGAGUACGGCCAGCGUCCAGGGCGAGCCUGGGUGCUCUGCUUAUGUGGCGGCGAAGCAUGGGGUUGUGGGCUUGACCAAGUCGGCGGCGAAGGAGGUUGGGCCGACGAGGAAUAUCCGGGUGAAUUGCAUUGCGCCGUGAGUUUCAUUUCUUGCCCUGUUUAUUGCGUCUUCUCAACACGCGAUGCUAACGGGUCAACAGCGGCAUGAUUGAUACGCCCAUGUACCAAAAAGUGAAGGACGCGAAUGGCGGCGAGCAUGUGCCGUUCAGGCAGUGGAUCAAGCGAGAGGGGACACCCGACGAAAUCGCGUCGCUCGUCUGUUGGCUCCUGUGCGACGAGUCCAAGUACAUUACGGGUACUGUACAGAUAAUUGAUGGCGGAUGGUGUGCUUGAAGACCGGCAUGAUUAUCUGAAGAAGCGUACAA